UGUGUUGGUUGAUGGUCUGUACUGAUUGUGUUAGCAGGACUGUGUUGGUCGAUGAUCUGUACUGAUCGUGUUAUUGGGACUGUGUUGGUCAAUGGUCUGUACUGAUCUUGUUACCGGGACUGUGUUGGUUGAUGGUCUGUACUGAUCGUUUUAUUGGGACUGUGUUGGUCAAUGGUCUGUACUGAUCGUGUUAUUGGGACUGUGUUGGUCAAUGGUCUGUACUGAUCGUGUUAUCGGGACUGUGUUGGUCGAUGGUCUGUACUGAUUGUGUUAUAAGAACUAUGUUAGUCGAUGGUCUGUACUGCUUGUGUUACUGGGACUGUGCUGGUUGAUGGUCUGUACUGAUCAUGUUACUGGGACUGUGUUGGUCGAUGGUCUGUACUGCUCAUGUUACUGGGACUGUGUUGGUCGAUGGUCUGUUGUGAUCGUGUUCCCGGGACUGUGUGGGUCGAUGGUCUGUACUGAUCGUGUUACCGGGAUUGUGUUGGUUGAUGGUCUGUACUGAUCAUGUUAUUGGGACUGUGUUGGUGAAUGGUCUGUACUGAUCGUGUUACUGGAACUGUGUUGGUCAAUUUUCUGUACUGCUCAUGUUACUGGGACUGUGUUGGUCGAUGGUCUGUACUGAUCGAGUUAUUCGGACUGUGUUCGUCAAUGGUCUGUACUGAUCGUGUUACCAAGACUGUGUUGGUAGAUGGUCUGUACUGAUAUUGUUACCGGGACUGUGUUGGUCGACGUAUGCACUGAUCAUAUUACUGGGACUGUGGUGGUCGAUGGUCUACACUGAUCGUGUUCCCAGGACUGUGGUGGUCGAUGGUCUGUAUUGAUCGUGUUCCCAGGACUGUGGUGGUCGAUGAUCGGUACUGAUCGUGUUCCCGGGACUGCGUUGGUCAAUGGUCUGUACUGAUUGUGUUAUAAGAACUGUGUUAGUCGAAGUUCUGUCCUGCUUGUGUUACAGGGAGUGUGCUAGUUAAUGGUCUGUACGGAUGAUGUUACUGGGACUGUGUUGGUCGAUGGUCUGUACUGCUCGUGUAACUGGGACUGCAUUGUUCACUGGUCAGUAGUGAUCGUGUUACCGGGUCCAUGUUGGUUGAUGGUCUGUACUGAUCGUGUUAUUGAGACUGUGUUGGUCGAUGGUCUGUACUGAUCCUGUUACCAGGACUGUGUUGGUCGAUGAUCUCUACUGAUCAUGUCACCGGGACUGUGCUGGUCGAUAGUCUGUACUGAUUGUGUUACCGGGACUGUGCUGGUCGAUGGUCUGUAAUGAUCAUGUUACUGGGACUGUGUCUGUCGAUGGUCUGUACUGAUCAUGUUACUGGGACUUUGGUGGGCGAUGGUCUGAACUGUUCGUGUUCCCUGGACUGUGGUGGUCGAUGGUCUGUACUGAUCGUGUUCCCGGGACUGUGUUGGUCGAUGGUCUGUACUGAUCGUGUUCCCGGGACUGUGUUGGUCGAUGGUCUGUACUGAUCGUUUUACUGGGACUGUGUUGGCCGAUGGUCUGUACUGAUCGUGUUCCCGGGACUGUGUUGUACUCUAAGAUUGCGCGUGCGCGCACUCAUCAUCUCUGCGCUUGCGUUGCUCCUCCGGUCGUCAUGGAAACGUUGAGUCGCGGAACCGCCGGUGCGUCUUGGAACGUGUUGACGUUACCGUCAGAGGAGGAAGAUGGCGCAUUACCGGGCUGGCGAUUCUCGAAGAGAACAAUUUCGAAGAUAUUUAGAAAAAAGUGGAGUGUUGGAUGCACUUACUAAAGUGCUGGUUGCUCUCUACGAGGAGCCGGAGAAGCCUAAUAAUGCAAUGGAUUUCUUGAAACAGCAUUUAGGAUCAGCAGGCCCCGAGACUGCAGAUGUGGAAACACUGCGACUUGAAGUGACAGAACUGAGACAGAAAUACGAGGCCCUGCUGGAGGAAAAUAAGGAAUUAAAAACCAAGCUUGCACAGUUCGAGUCCCCCAAAGAGGAAGGGCAACCUGAAUAAGUCAAAUCUAUCUGUAUCAUUAGAAGAAUGGAUGAAAGGAGUCUGAGAGAGCACCUGGAAAAUUAUAUUAAAUUUGGAGAAUUGAUGUGUACAGUGGAUGGCAGCCAGUCUUUCAGGUUACACAUUGCAAAUUUAUCAGCACUUUCAGCUGACUCUUCCCAGUGAUGCUUGUUAGCUUUUGUGAGCAGAAUUUUGGUCUAAACACAAUAGUGGGACAAAAUAAAUUACAAUUAACUUAAAUGCACUAUUAAACCCUGCAUAAGAAGUUUGAUUCUGAAGUGACCAUUAAACGCAAGAUAAAUUUCAAACACUUUCAUGACUGCUUUAAUCUUUGAUUGGCAGUUUGUCACCAGACGGACAAUAAAAUAGCUUUCCCUUUGAGCAAAUAAGUUUGCUUUUGCAAUCUAGAGGAAAGCUGUAAUGAGCAGGUUAGAUUAUAUUAUGAGCAGGUUAUGUUUCCUGUUAGAUUUUGAACAGGGAGUGGUGGACCAAAGCAGGUUACCAAUUAUUUGAAAAAGCAUUUGGCCAAUAAAUUCUGUUCAAAAGCCAAAAUGAACAAGUAUCUCCAUUGUCCAGGACUUCAAGGAAGUCAAAUCUGAAUACAAUAUUCAUGUUGGAAGAUUUCUUGUUAAUCAGCAGUCUGGAUUAGAGUUUGCAGCCGGUGAAUAGAUGCCUUUGAGCAAUGAGUCUGGAGUAGCCCAUCAAGAACCACGUAUUUAUCUGAAGAAAACAAAACUUUGACUGAUCUUACAAUUCUUCCACUAUUUCUAGCUGUACAGGAGUCCAACUUUCACUUUUGAUACUUACUCAAUAAACUUUGUUUGCACAUCA